AUGCCACUUGAAUUUGUUUUAAGCCAGAAAGGCAACCAACAGUUGGUCAAUAAAGGUUUUGUGUAUACCACGGACAAAAUCAAAGAAGACAAACACAUUUGGAAAUGUGUUCAUUAUAAUAGACACAAGUGUCUGGGGCGAGUAUGGACAGCUGAAGACAUUGUCAUUUUUGAAAAUGACAAGCAUAACCAUGUCCCAGAUGUGGCGGAAAUCACAUUAUCUUUAGAACGCAAAAGAAUUUGGAUUUGA